CUCAUCGGUUUUUACGAAGCCAUGGCAGUUCUUAUGUCGAAUCAAAUCAGAAGGCUGGUGGAGGAUUCUGUUGUCAACUUUGUUCGUUUCAUCGACGUUUAUAAGGGGGAAAUCUACGAGAUUCCACGCGAGAGUAUUAUGACUGUUCAUCAUAAACUGACUCCGCGACUGCAGAGAUUCAAGGAGCUGUUCCGGGCUCAGUAUGGGAAAGACAUGCCUUCCGAGGCGACACUCAAAGCUACUCCUCCGUUUUACACGACUCUAAAGUUUGAGAAAAAUGUCUACAGAGUCGAGCCGUCUUACGACGCGCUAGAACUCGGCCUUGUGGAAGUACUAGAAUACGCAGUGGCUCAAAGCGCUGGUGUUCAUCGUGUCGAUGCUGAAGAUUUAGAGCCAUCACGACGCUUAUUGUCGAGCAUGGCUGUGGAUGACGAGCUUGUUGGAGUUGCCAAAGGCCACAUAAGGCAGGUAGUGCAAUCAAAUGUUAACUAUCCUAAAGAGCUUAUGGACAAGUAUGUGCCUUUUGAAGCUCUUGCAAACAUGUCAGCACAAGCAUUUGCCCAAGAAUUUAAGGCCCAAGAAAAACCGAUUCAAGAGUAUGAAGAGGUUCUUAAACAGUUCAGCGAGAAGGAAAUUCAGAUUGAGGCUACAAGCGCAAACGUAGUGGACUGUGGCAUUGUGCGGGUGAAGUGCAAGGAGUACAAAGAUAUCUUGAUAAAGAAGGCGAGAUAUAUUGCACUACUGUUAAAAGAGCAGGUACUCGCAUUUAUGCAUGCUGCUAAUACAAAUGUGCUCGAACGCAUGGAGCACAUUGCCAGAGAGAUCAUAAAAAUUCCCACAAAUUCCGAAGAAGCUGUCUACUUGCGAAAGUUUCUUGCUGCGUCUCCCACCGAGCUUUCAGUUUUAGAGAGAAUCCUAGGAGAGAACAGGCAACGAGAAGACUUUCUAGACCGCUACCAGCUAAAUAUUCCUGAAACCGAAUUCCGGACGAUGUUGAUCGCAUAUGAAUGGCCGAAAAGAGUUCGGGCUGUGAUCGACGUGCAUACUAAAAGAAUUACUGAAGAGUACGAGCACUACGAAACACAACUCAAGCAGCGCCGUAUCGACUUUUUUGCAUUGUUGGAAAGUCUUGAUGUGCGAGUAAAAAGCUAUAUCACAAUUGCCGACCUCGAUAAGAUUGAAGCUAUCUCCGAUGAUGUUACCGACCUGAACAAUGGAUUACAAGCAGCUCUGGAGACCUCCGAGGCUUUAAAUGCCGAGGAAACCCUUUUUGGCGUACCACCAACGAAGUUCACGCAGAUACAACAGAUGAUUACUGCCCUUGAUCCGUUCUUCAAGUUGUGGACUGUCGGAGCCAAUUUUAAAAGACUUGAAGAGGAAUGGAUGAGCGCACCAUUCUUCUCGCUGGAUACUGAGAAAAUUGAGGGAGAGGUUUCGACAAUGUUUCGAGUGAUUUUCAAGCUUGUAAAGCAAUUUGGUGAAGACUAUCCGGAACCGGGAAGGGUUGCCAGUGCUGUCAAAGCACAGAUGGAGAAGUUCAAGGAAACGUUUCCUCUUCUUCGCUGUCUUUGUAAUCCAGGUCUUCGAGCUAGGCACUUUGAAAAGAUUUCUCAGAUUGUUGGUUUCGAACUUAAAGCCGAAGACACAAUAUCUUUCAGACAGUUGCUCAGAUUAAAUAUUGACGAGCAUCUAACAAAGCUGGAGGAAAUAAGUGAGCAUGCAAGCAAAGAGUAUUCGCUAGAAAGGGCAUUGAACCAAAUGGAGGCGGACUGGGCUCCUAUAGCUUUCGAGUAUGCUUUGUACAAGAACACAGGAACUCACAUUUUGAAAGGUGGCCCCAUAGAAGAAGCACAAAUCCUUUUGGAGGAACAUAUAAUCAAAACACAGAACAUGUUCUCCUCUGCUUUCGCUCAAUUUUUCUCAGAGCGGAUAGGAAUUUGGCUCAAAAAGAUCACAUUGAUGCAAGACGUUCUGCGGGAGUGGCUCAAAAUGCAAGCGGCAUGGAUGUAUCUGGAGCCAAUUUUUGGAUCACCUGAUAUUAUCGAGCAAAUGCCGAAAGAAGGAACUGCAUUUCAUGCAACGGAUAAAGUGUGGAGAAGGAUUGUAGCAGAAGUUAUCAAAACAAAAUGCAUGCUAGAGGCUGCCGAUAUCCCAAAUCUUUUGGCUGAUCUCAAAGAAGGAAACGCGCAACUUGAGAUUGUCAACAAAGGUCUCAACCAUUAUCUAGAGACAAAACGUCUUGCAUUUCCUCGGUUCUUUUUCCUUUCAAAUGACGAACUUUUGGAAAUAUUGUCGGAGACAAAAGAUCCGCUCAGAGUGCAGCCGUUUUUAAAGAAGUGUUUCGAGGGAAUCAACCAGCUCGAGUUCCAGCCAAACUUGGACAUAACUGCCAUGCUGAGCGUGGAGUCGGAGAAAGUACCAUUCACUCGUACUCACAACCCAAAGUCCGCAGGAGGCAACGUGGAGAAGUGGCUCAUAGAAGUCGAAGCAAUGAUGAAAGAAUGCUUAAGGGCCAUUGUUGUGCAAGCCGCUGCCGAUUAUGCAGUUGAGCCUCGCGAGAGUUGGAUUCUAAAGUGGCCCGGUAUGAUCGUUUUGUGUGGGUCGCAAAUAUACUGGACAGAGGAAGUAGCAAGUGCAAUAAUUGAAGGAGGAACUGCUGGGCUGCAAAAGUACGAGGAUAAAUGUACUGACCAGCUACAAUCACUCGUAAAACUGGUUCGAGGCGACAUAAGCAAUAUGGAGAGGUUGACGAUUGGGGCAUUGGUUGUCAUUGAUGUUCAUGCAAGGGACGUUGUCACUCUUCUGAAGGAAAAGCAAGUCUCCAGUGAAACAGAUUUUGAAUGGCUCAGCCAAUUGAGGUACUACCUUGAAGAAAACGAGGUAAUUGUAAAAAUGGUUAAUGCUGCACGGAAUUACGGGUACGAGUAUCUGGGAAACAGCAGUCGCCUGGUUAUUACACCCCUUACUGAUCGUUGUUAUCGGACACUGAUGGGAGCUUUGCAUCUUAAUCUUGGAGGAGCUCCCGAAGGUCCUGCUGGUACCGGGAAAACAGAAACAACGAAAGAUCUUGCAAAGGCCCUUGCGAUGCAAUGCGUUGUUUUCAACUGUUCAGAUGGUCUAGACUACCUUGCAAUGGGGAAGUUUUUCAAAGGUCUCGCUGCCUCUGGUGCCUGGGCAUGCUUUGAUGAGUUUAAUCGUAUUGAUCUGGAAGUGCUUUCCGUCAUUGCUCAGCAAAUUCUUACCAUUCAACGAGCCAUUAUGGCUGGUGUCAAGCGAUUUAUGUUCGAGGGAACAGAUCUUCCUCUUAUUCCCACUUGCACAUCGUUCAUCACCAUGAAUCCAGGUUAUGCCGGACGGUCAGAGCUGCCAGACAAUUUGAAGGCUUUGUUCCGGCCGGUGGCUAUGAUGGUUCCAAAUUAUGCGAUGAUUGGGGAGAUUAUUUUGUAUUCUUUUGGGUAUGGACUUGCUCGAGAUAUGGCGCGUAAGCUAGUGGCAACUUACAGACUUUGCAGCGAGCAGUUGUCUUCUCAGGAUCACUAUGAUUAUGGUAUGCGUGCGGUGAUAGCCGUGCUCAGAGCUGCGGGUAACUUGAAAAGGAAGUACAGAGAUGCGGACGAGUCCGUGCUCGUUCUUCGAGCUAUUCGAGAUGUCAACCUUCCCAAAUUUUUGUCUCAUGAUAUACCUUUGUUUGAAGGAAUCAUGGCUGAUCUGUUUCCCGGCGUGGUCCUUCCAAAGCCGGAUUAUGAUGCCAUUCUCUUGGCCUUGAACAACAAUUGCGUCAAGAUGAAUUUGAUACCCAUCGAACCAUUCAUACGAAAAAUCUUAGAACUCUACGAGAUGAUUAUUGUGAGGCACGGGUUGAUGAUUGUUGGAUAUUCGUUUGGAGCAAAAACCUGCAUGUACAAGGUUCUUGCGGAUGCUUUGACGGAAAUGAAUCAGCAAAACCUGGAGCAAGUAACAUGGUAUAAUAUUCUAAAUCCGAAGUCCAUCACGAUGGGACAACUAUAUGGUCAGUUUGACCCCGUUUCGCAUGAGUGGACAGACGGGGUUCUUGCAACUACUUUUCGAAACCAGUCGGCUGACACUACUCCAAAUCGAAAGUGGCUUAUUUUCGAUGGGCCUGUAGAUGCAAUCUGGAUCGAGAACAUGAAUACGGUGUUAGAUGAUAACAAGAAGCUUUGUCUCAUGAGCGGAGAGAUUAUCCAGAUGUCUGGCACGAUGAACUUAAUUUUUGAAGUCCAGGACUUGGCGGCGGCCUCACCUGCAACUGUCUCUAGAUGCGGAAUGGUUUAUGUAGAACCUUCGGCGAUUGGAUGGAGGCCGAUUGUUACAUCUUGGCUCACAGCUUUGCCAGAGGUUUUACAAGGGCGCUACAGUGACCAGAUUUCAAAACUGUGCGAGUGGCUGCUACCGCCCUGCUUACGUUGCGUACAAAAAAAUUGCAAGCUGACUAUUGCAAUGCAGGAGCAAAACAUGGUGCAGAGCAUGCUGCGCAUUAUCUGGUCGCUCAUGGAUCCGCAAUUGACGGACAAGGUUCAAUCUGAGAAAAUGGAUGGCAACUUGAAGGCUACCUGGGUGGACAGCAUAUUUUUGUUUGCACUGGUUUGGGCGGUUGGUGCUUGCACGGAUCACGCAGAUCGCCCCAAGUUCGAUGUGCUUCUGCGCAAGCUUAUUGCCAACCAACCACCUGAGGAUUACAAGCAGUACAUAGUUGCCGCGGCAAGAAAAGUGGCCCAGAAUUUUCCAGAUGGUAAACUAGUCUACGAUUUUGUUUUCAACAAAGAUAGAGCAAAAUGGGUUCCGUGGACCGAUCUCGUCGACGAGACCCCUCCAAGUCCCGAGGCCGACUUUGCAAGGAUAAUAGUUUCGACCGCGGAUACGGUGAAAUAUUUGUUUUUGGUAAACGAGCUGGUGAUGCAUACCUUCCCUUUGCUGCUUGUUGGCCCGACGGGCACCGGAAAGAGCCAAUACGUCAAGCAGUACCUGAUGAAGCUGGAUACGUCGAAGUUUCAGUCCAUGUUUUUCAACUUCUCUGCGCAAACAAGUGCUAACCAGACGCAGGAUAUCAUUGACUCGAAGCUCGUCAAAAGGAAACAAGGAAUCUUUGGGCCGCAGAAAGGAAAGCAGUGCAUAAUUCUUGUGGACGACCUUAGUAUGCCUGCUCUUGAGAAAUACGGCGCUCAGCCACCUAUUGAACUGCUGAGGCAAUGGAUGGAUCACAAAGGAUGGUACGACCGAAAUGAUCUGUCGUUCAAAAACAUCAUAGAUACUCAGUUUAUAUCUGCAAUGGCUCCUCCUGGAGGAGGACGAAACGCAGUCACAAAUCGCUAUUUACGUCAUUUUAACGUUAUAUGUGUUACUCCAUUUUCAGACGCCACAUUGAGCAGGAUAUUUUCUUCUUUGGUAGAUUUCUGGAUGAAGAGGUCCAGAUAUCCACCACAAGUGGUUAAACUUAGGCCUCCUAUGAUUGCUGCGACAAUUGAUAUCUAUCAGACUGUUCAGCGUGAGCUUCUCCCCACUCCGGAGAAGUCUCACUAUACAUAUAAUCUGCGUGAUCUUUCCAAGGUGUUUCUGGGCCUGCAAUUUGCGCCAGCCGAGACCGACAAUGUGUACAAGAUCAUGCGACUAUGGGCUAAUGAAUGCCUUAGGAUUUUUUACGACCGCCUUAUCAACGAUAAGGACAGAGAUUGGUUUUGCGAACUUCUGGCGGAAAUGUUUGAGAAGCACUACAAAGAACGUUAUGGAAAAGUCUUUGCAAGCUUUACUCAUUCCGAAAUCAAGAAAGGGGAUAGCAGUCCUGGAAACAUGAAGUAUUUUAUGGCAGGAGAUUUCAUGGUUCCCGGGGCAGAUCCUGCGCAAUACGACGAAAUCACUGACGAGGAGGGGCUUAUGCGUGUUAUGCAAGCAUACUUGGAGGACUAUAACCAAGUUAAUACGAAGCAAAUGAAUCUAGUACUUUUUCAGUUUGCUAUUCAACAUAUAUCCCGUAUCUGCCGCGUGAUUAAGCAGCCGGGAGGAAAUGCAUUGCUUGUAGGUGUUGGUGGUAGUGGGAGACAAAGUUUUGCAAGACUAGCUGCGUUUAUUGAAGGCUUUGAUAUAUUUCAGGUUGAAAUAGCGAAAAAUUAUGGCAUGUCCGAAUGGAGGGAGGAUUUAGGAAAAAUGUUGCGGAAAGCUGGAGAAGCGGACAAGCGCGUCAUGUUCCUUUUCGUUGAUACACAAAUUAAAAUGGAAGGAUUUGUAGAAGAUAUAAAUUCACUGCUUAACACGGGAGAGGUUCCAAAUCUUUAUGACUCCGCAGACUUAAGUUCCAUCUGUGAGGCAGUUCGACCUCGAGCAAAACGCGCAAAAAGGGAUGGAUCGCGUGCAGAGCUAUACGCAUUCUUUGUAGACGAGUGCUCUAAGAACAUGCGAAUUGCUUUGGCUUUUAGUCCAAUUGGUGGAGCUUUCAGAGAUCGAUUACGGAAGUUCCCAUCUUUAGUGAACUGUUGCACGAUUGAUUGGUUUAGCGGUUGGCCAACAGAAGCAUUACGUUCAGUUGCAGCUAGAUUUCUGGACGACGUAAAUGUGGAUGAUAAGCUUAUUCCGGGGCUCGUAGACAUGACAGUGCACUUCCAUAUUUCUGUGCAGGACCUCUCACUUCAAUAUUUUACUGUAAUGCGUCGGUACUCAUAUGUUACACCAACAAGUUUCCUUGAGCUCAUCAACUUGUUUAAGUCAUUGCUAAUGAAAAAGCAGGCAGAAGUCAGCGGGUUUAAGAAAAGAUAUGAAAUGGGACUGCAAAAGCUAGAGAGUUCAGCAAACGACGUGAACACGAUGCAGAAAGAGUUGGAGGAACUCCAGCCUAAGCUAGUGCAAUCUACUGCUGAAGUUACUGAGUUGCUUCAGGUCAUUGAUACAGAAACAACUGAGGCAAAUAAAGUCAGGGAAGUUGUGUUAGUGGAAGAAGCUGCAGCAAGCAUAAAAGCCGCUGAAGCGAAAGCAAUUAAGGAUGACACAGAGGCUGAACUAGCAGCCGCAAUGCCCAUGUUAGAAGCUGCUCUCAAGGCGCUCGACACUUUGAGUAAAAACGACAUAUCAGAGCUGAAAGGAAUGAAAAGUCCACCUGCGGGAGUAAAGCUUGUCAUGGAAGCAGUCUGUAUCAUGAAAAGCAUAAAACCAACUCGCAUGAAAGACCCAGGAGGGUCAGGAAAGAUGGUUGAGGACUACUGGGAAAGUAGCAAAAAGAUGUUGGCGGAUGCUGAUUUUCUAAAGAGCUUGAGAGAAUAUGACAAGGACAACAUCUCCGUCGAAAUCAUCGCGAAAAUUCGACCUUACAUCGCAAAUCCUAACAUGGAGCCAACUAAAGUUUCUGUGAUUUCAAAAGCUGCAUUCGGGCUUUGUUCGUGGAUCAUUGCAAUGGAGGCUUAUGAUCGCGUAGCAAAAGUGGUGGCACCUAAACAAGCAGCACUUAAAAUUGCUGAAGCUGAAUACGAGGAAGUCAUGUCUGCGUUACGCGUGAAGCAGGCGUCUUUGCGAAAGGUCGAGUUAAGGCUGGCAGAAUUAGAUGCGCAGCUAAAUGGUGCACAGUUUAAAAAGAAAACGGUUGAAGAUGAAGCGAGUCUGUGCGCAACAAAAAUUACCCGUGCAAACCAGCUCAUGUCUGGUCUCGGGGGUGAGAAAACUCGCUGGACAGCCCAGGCUCAAAUGUUUGGAGAAACGUACAUCAAAUUGACCGGGGACAUUCUAUUGUCGGCUGGGAUGAUAGCUUAUCUCGGUGUGUUUACUCCGACGUUUAGAGAUCAAGCAGUUGCGGACUGGCUAGCUGUUUGCAAGGGGAAAAAGAUCCCAUGCUCUACUGAUUUUGUUCUCAGCAAUAUCCUUGCCGAUCCUGUAGAGAUACGAGCGUGGAACAUCUGUGGUCUACCAAAAGACCAGUGCUCGAUUGACAACGGCACAAUCAUCAAAACUGCUCGUAGAUGGGGCUUGAUGAUUGAUCCUCAGGGUCAAGCUAACAAGUGGAUAAAAAAUCUUGAAGCAAGCAAUGCCCUCAUAAUCACAAAACUCAGUGACAAUGACUUCUUGCGAAAGCUUGAAGUUGGAAUUCAGUUUGGAAAGCCUGUCUUAGUUGAAAACGUUGGCGAAGAACUUGAUCCAGCUAUUGAACCUAUUCUAUUGCAACUAACAUUUAAACAGAGUGGCACUCUGUGUAUAAAACUAGGAGAUAACACGUUGGAGUAUUCCUCAAAGUUCCGUCUCUAUCUCACAACAAAACUUCGGAACCCUCACUACAGUCCCGAAACUUCCGCAAAGGUCACACUACUCAACUUUAUGAUUACCUCGGAAGGCUUGUUCGAUCAGCUUCUUGGAAUAGCUGUUGCGAAGGAGCGGCCGGACUUAGAGGAAGAAAAAAAUCAGCUGAUUCUUCAGAGUGCGAGCAAUAAGAAGCAGCUUAAGGAAAUUGAAGAUAAAACGCUGGAGGUUCUGUCGCAAGAAGGAAACAUUCUUGAAGAUGAAACUGGAAUACAGGUUCUUUCACAAUCCAAAAUUUUGUCUGAGGAUAUUUCCGCCAAGCAAAAAAUUGCCGAAGAAACGGAGGUCAAAAUUGACAAUGCACGUAGCGGAUACAAACCGGUGGCAAAAGUAACAGCGAUCUUGUUUUUUUGUGUUUCAGACAUGGCCAAUAUUGAGCCGAUGUACCAAUAUUCGCUACCAUGGUUCAUAGAUUUGUUCGAGUUUUCCAUUAUGAACAGUGAGAAAUCUCCCGAUCUCGGAGCACGGCUCAGGAUUUUAAACGCUCACUUUCUGUACACCCUCUACUGCAAUGUUUGCCGUUCUUUGUUUGAGAAGGACAAACUUCUGUUCGUCUUUUUAAUGACAGUGAAGCUUUUCUCUGCUGAAGGAAAGCUGAGUCUUGACGAGCUAAGGUUUUUCAUGACGGGAGGCAUUGCUCUUGAUAAACAGCCAGCUAAGCCUGCGGGUGAAGCCACUGCAUGGCUUAGCGACAAGGCGUGGGGCGAACUUUAUCGGCUUUCACAAGUACAUUUUUCUUUUUUUGCUGAAGACUAUCCUUGAGAGUCAUUCAUAUUACAGAAAGAAGCCUUUAGCGGUUUGGAUGCAGACAUCAUUCAGCAAGCAGACAAGUGGCGAGUCAUUUUUGAUAGUCCUGAACCACAUAUGGAACCACUUCCUUUGCCCUGGAAUAUUGAGCUCGACUCAUUCCAAAAGAUGGUAGUGUUGCGGUGCAUUCGGCCUGACAAGCUUGUGUUAGCUACGGCGAAUUAUGUCGCUGAAUCUUUGGGAUCAAAGUUUAUCGAACCACUGCCUCUCAACCUUGAAAGCUGCUACAAAGACGCUUCAGCUACGACGCCACUCGUCUUUGUUUUAUCGCCCGGCUCAGAUCCAAUGUCGAUGCUUCUCAAGCUUGCAGCGGAUAAAGAGGCUAAGUUAGAGACGGUCUCGCUUGGACAGGGACAGGGCCCAGUAGCUAUUGCCAUUCUCAACGUCGCAGCAAAGGAAGGCUCUUGGGUGGCGCUCCAGAACUGUCAUCUGGCUGUUUCCUGGAUGGCCACGCUGGAGAAGUACUGGGAGAACGAGCUUACAAAAGAGAAAACACACAAAGAUUUCAGGCUCUGGCUCACAAGCUAUCCUUCGGACGCGUUUCCAGUAGCAAUCCUUCAGAAUGCGGUGAAGAUGACCAACGAGCCUCCGAAUGGUCUCAAAGCCAACUUGACCGGCAGCUACUUCAUGUAUCCGAUAUCAGAUAUUGACUUCUUCAGCAAUUGUUCGAAAGGUCCCGAGUGGCGAAGAAUGCUCUAUGGACUUUGUUUCUUCCAUGCUUUUGUUCAGGAACGGAGAAAGUUCGGACCCUUGGGUUGGAACAUCCCAUACGAGUACAACGAAUCAGAUUUGCGAAUUAGCGUACGACAGUUGAAGAUGUUCAUCGAAGAGUAUCCCGACAGGAUUCCUUACAAGGCUCUCAACUACUUGACUGGAGAGUGUAAUUAUGGUGGUCGAGUUACUGACGAUCACGACCGAAGAACACUCAUCACAAUACUGGAAGGAAUUUAUUGUGAUGCUGUUCACGACGAUAACUAUUCUUUCUCUGAAAGUGGUCUUUUUCGUGCUCCUCCUGAUGGCACCUACGAAAACUUUUUGGAGUUCAUUAAGAGACUUCCGAAUCAGCCUCGCCCCGAGGUUUUUGGUUUUCACGACAACGCUACCAUAAGCAAGGACUUGAACGAAACGGCCCGGCUUCUUGAUUCCCUGCUUUUAGUAUCACCAGCAGCCUCAGAAGGCGGGUCAUCCAAGAAAGGUGGAGCACCAGCAAUGUCUCCGGAUGAUGUUAUGCUGGGAAUAUCGUCGGAUAUCCUGGGAAAGCUUCCUGGAAACUUUGACAUCGAAGCUGUCCAGAACAAAUACCCCGUUGUCUACCUCGAGUCCAUGAACACGGUGCUAUGCCAGGAGCUUGAAAGAUUUAACAAGCUGCUUAGUAUAAUUCGGUCCAGCCUUCUCGAGCUUCAGAAGGCCGUGAAAGGGUUGAUUGUCAUGAGUGCGGAACUAGACCAACUUGGGAGGAGCCUUUUGGAUGGUAAGAUACCGGCAAUGUGGGCUGCCAAGUCAUAUCCGUCGAGAAAGCCGCUUGCAAGCUACGUCUCGGACUUGCUGGAGCGAGUAGCGUUCUUCCACGACUGGGUUGUCAAUGGACCUCCCAGCGUCUACUGGCUAUCUGGUUUAAACUUCACACAGUCGUUUCUUACCGGAGCCAAGCAAAACUUUGCUCGUUCUGCCAAGGUUCCCAUUGAUAUGAUCGACUUUGAGUUUCAAGUUAUGGAGGAUCCGGCUGCUUGUACAAUAAAGCCAGAGAUUGGCGUGUACGUUCGUGGUCUGUUCUUGGAAGGAGCUAGAUGGGAUUACAACACACAUUAUCUGGGCGAAUCGGAGCCAAAAGUUCUCUACUCGCCAUGUCCAAUCCUCUGGCUGGUGCCGACGGAGCUCUCAAAAUUCGGCAACUAUCCGCACUACUUGUCUCCGCUGUACAAAACCAGUGAUCGAAGGGGUAUCCUUUCCACGACCGGCCACUCGACAAACUUCGUCAUGGAAGUGAAGCUCCCGUCCAACAUGCCGCAGGCUCACUGGGUGAAGCGAGGAGUCGCUCUUCUUUCACAACUAGAUGACUAAACAACACAUCAAAGAAGGUGGAAAGAAAAUGGAGCACCCCGGGUAGCAGUUCUCGCAGCGAGAGAGGUAGAGUGGAUCCCGGCACUUGUAUCCCAGAGCUGGCAAGCAGCUCUCGGGACAGGACGUGAAUCUGGAGCUCCGGCAGGCGUUUGUCCCGUUGAGAAAGAUGAGCGCACAGGACGUCCCCUGGAGUCGACAGCAGUUCGUGCAGCUCUUGGAGAGGUAGCCGUGGUCGCACUCCAAGAUGGUGUUGGGCAUGCACUCGUCAGGGCAAGAGCCAUCAACUGAAAGGCCAAAGUCACAGCGCCAUGAACAAGAGAGGACAUCACAGAGACUUACACUCAAAUGGAGGCAGGAAUGGGGCAACUCCUGGGAAAAAAAAGCAGAUUUUUUUCAAGUUCAACAUCAGAUCUUGAGAGGUUUUCUAUUAAACCUGUGAUCAAGACGAAGAGCAGCAGCAGGAUCGCUGGAAACUUUGGCAGCUCCAUCGUAGCUCUCUCGAGACGACGAAGAACAAACUUAAAGAGAGACAACCAAGGAGGAAGGACCGUGUACAUAUUGGAGGGGACACGAAAGUUCUAUGAUCGGUGAAACAAAACGCAUAUCGUGGUUUUUAAUCUGGAAUAGCCAACGAACAAUGUACCUGGGAAUUGUUACAAAGGAAGCUGUUUGCUCGACGCUCU